UCUCUCUUCUUUUCUUCUUUGUUGUUCUCUCUCUCUAUAUCCCUCUUGCUUGUCUUCUCUCUCUAUAUUUUCAAGACUACGAGGAGGGUAUCAUUCAACAUUUAUCAGAUCCAUUUUGUUGUUCUCACUUGAUAUCACUUCAACUCAACUUCACAAUGGGUUCUAUCACGCCCCCAGCUUCCCCUUCUUACCAGAAGCUAUGGAGGGAGACACCAUGCAUUGAGUCCCGCGCUCUCUCCCAAGUAGCAGGAUGCCGCAUCUUCCUCAAACUCGACCACCUCCAACCCUCCGGCUCCUUCAAAUCCCGCGGCAUCGGCCACCUCAUCUCCCUUGCCAGCACCCGCACCACAAACCCACACUUCUACUGCUCCUCCGGCGGCAACGCCGGCCUCGCCUGCGCCACCGCCUGCCUCACCCUCUCCCACCCCUGCACCAUCGUCGUCCCCUCCACCACCAUGCCCUUCAUGGUCGUCAAGCUGCGGGCCCUAGGGGCAACCGUGCACCAGGCGGGUCGGAACUGGAAGGAGGCUGAUAACUACCUUCGUGAGAGCGUGAUGGGGCGCGGUUCCCACAGCGGGGAGGAGGUGUAUGUCCCGCCUUUUGACCAUCCGGAUAUUUGGGAGGGGGCGAGCAGUCUGGUGCCGGAGUUGGAGAUGCAGAUGAAAUCCGUCGGGGGAUAUGACGGGGUUGUCUGCUCGGUUGGUGGUGGGGGUCUACUAGUCGGCAUCGCAGACGGUCUCCGCCAAGCCGGACGCACAAAGCAAGUCGGUAUCCUGGCCGUGGAGACGGAAGGCGCAGCUAGUCUCGCCACCAGCCUUGAAUCCGGGAAGGUCGUCACGCUCCCUGGGAUCUCAUCCAUCGCUACGAGUCUUGGUUGCGUCAAGGUCGCGGAUCGCGCGUACGAGGUUGCGUGCCAAGAGGGCGUGCAGGUUGCUGUCCUCAGCGACGCGCAGGCGGCGAUGGGGUCGGUGCGGUUAGCUGAUCUUGAGAGGAUUAUGGCGGAGGCGGCGUGUGGGGUUAGUGUUGCGGCGUGUUUUGAUGGGUCGCUGCGUAGGGGGCUGGGGAGGGGGUGUGGGGAUGAGGAGUGGGCACAGAAGAAGAUGGUGGUGGUGGUUUGUGGGGGGAGUAUUGUGUCGACGAGGUUGUUGGAGGAGUAUAGGGCGGAGUAUGAGGGGGUUGUGGAGGGGGAGCUGAAGGGGCAGAAGGAUAGGUUGGUGAUGAAGAUGUUGGCGGUGAUGCCGGUGGGGAAGGGGGAUUUGGAGACGGGGGGGUUUGAGAGUGGGGUUGAGGAGAUCGAUCAUGGGUUUCAGUGGGUGGUGCGUGCGCGAGGGGGAUGGAAUUAAUGAUGGGAAUGAUUCCGAUUUUGUAGGGGGAAUAAGGAUAUGAAAGGCUGGCGUUUGGGACGGGGGAAUAGAACCAGGCUCUUGAUAUGAUAGGGGCUGUGCGUAGAUUUUGCUUGCUUGGGGUCAACGAAUGAAUGGUUAGAUUUUGAAAUAUAUUUAUCUCCUAUACAACCUCACCUUGGACGGGGAGUGGAUAUUUGGUCGUUGACUGUGGGAAGUGAGAUCGAUCCCGAGCCAGUCACGUGACAGCAUACGAUUUCCCCCACUGGGACUCGGGGAAGUGGUGAAGUGAAGUACAGGACAAAAGAUGAAGGACAAAAGAUGAAGGACAAAAGAUGAAGGACAAAAGAUGAAGGACAAAAGAUGAAGGACAAAAGUACCAAGUCUUCUGCAUUGUAGGUACCACUCACUAUAGUAUUAGCUUUAUCAGAU